AAUGCACGUUCGGCUGUGCUAGUAGUUCCAAUUUGAGUACGUGUACCCACUCGUUCGCCACCAGUACGUGGCGCAACACUGUCAGAAUAUGGCAAAUGACAAAAAACGUCCCUUUUUGAUCGUAAUUGGUGUUCCCAGCUGCAUUUCCAACUAGCCUCAGGUCAGGUCAGACUCGACCUUGAGCAACCGAUAUUCUAAAAACGAGAUCCAGGUGUGUCGGUGUGAUUUUUCGUCGUUUGCUGUAGUGUUUUCUGUUCGAUGUACCGUGAUCCGACUCCCGGUGUUUCCUGGUGUUUGUUUGAGUUAGAGUUUCCGUUUCGUAGCCAUGUUCUAUCAUUCCCAAAGUGACGACCCGAUUGUGCCAAAUUUUAAAAUUAAAACGCACAAUUAGAAUAGAAUAAUUCGUGUGAAAAGUUGUAGUUCGAUGUACACAAGACUUCACAAGUGGAAAAAAACGGGAAAUAAGGUUAAGGAAGGCAAGACUUUCCAAUUUUGGGGACUGUGCGAGGACUUUCAAUCUGUUGUAGUCGUAGGGUUAGGAAAAAAGUCGAAACAAAGGGACGAUUUAGAGUUGAUAUGCGAAGAAAAAGAAACCGCUCGAAUAGCCGCUGCAGCCGGUUGCCGAGUUCUCUCCGCCUCCGACAUCAAAACCAUCCACGUCGAAAGCUUCGGCGACGCCGCCGCCUCCGCUGAAGGCAGCACCCUCAGCACCUACAAAUUCCAAGAAUACAAAACCAAAAAAUCCGCCCUCCCUCAAGUCUCCCUCUUCACUUCAGCCCCCGAAGAACCCACCCAAUGGGAGCGCGGCACUAUCACAGCCUCCGCUCAAAACCUCGCCCGCAAACUUAAAGACACGCCCUCCAACCUAAUGACGCCCACCAUCUUCGCCGAAACCGUCCUCCAACUCGCCACGCCCCUCGACAUCUCCGUGCAAAUCCGCGACAAGCAGUGGGCGGAGCGAGAGAAAAUGGGCGGCGUUCUGGCAGUAGCGCAGGGCUCGAACGAGCCUUUACGCUUCCUCGAACUAUCGUACAAGAAGAGCGACUCCGACCCCUUCGUUUUGGUAGGGAAGGGGGUGACUUUCGACUCGGGGGGCAUCAGCAUCAAGCCGUCUGCUGGCAUGGACGAGAUGAGGGGCGACAUGGGGGGCGCCGCCAGCGUGGUGGCGGCGGUGUACGGCUUGGCGCGCUUGGGGGUGGCGACGCACGUGAAGGUGUUGGUGCCGCUGGUGGAGAACAUGCCUUCAGGGGGCGCCAUCAAGCCGGGGGAUGUGAUUACGACGAGGAGCGGGAAGACGGUCUGUGUGGACAACACGGAUGCGGAAGGAAGGUUGAUUUUGGCAGAUGCGUUGUCGUACAGUGGGGUUUUUAAGCCGAGGUGGGUUCUGGAUAUAGCGACUUUGACGGGCGCGAUCAGGGUGGCGUUGGGUGGGGCGGCGUGCGGGGUUUUUAGUAAUUCGAAUGCGUUGUAUGAGGGGUUGGAAGAGGCGGGGUCGAGGACUGGAGACAGGAUGUGGAGGAUGCCGCUGUGGAAGUACUAUACGAAGAUGGUGGCGGAGAAUACGGCCUAUGAUGUUAACAAUCUGGGGAAAGGGAAGGGAAGAGGUGGGUCGUGUACGGCGGCGGCGUUUUUGAAGGAGUUUAUUCCAGAGAAGACGGACUGGGUGCACAUUGAUAUGGCCGGGGUUAUGGGUCAAGACGAGUACUUCACCUAUUUGGGGAAAGGAAUGUCUGGAAGACCCACCAGGACCUUGAUCGAUUUUAUAGAAGCUCAAUCUACAAAGUAAUAUAACAAUACAAGUAU